GUCUGGUGUGGUUGUGGGUGCCGUCAUCAAGAUCAUGAAUGGGGUUGAUCCUAACAGCCUACCGAACUUUGCGGACGGACGGCAAAUACUGGAGAAGCUAUCGGAGAUUUUUGUUCCACAGAUUCUUCGGGCAGUAGAGGAGGAAUUCCCCAGCAUGUACGAGGUUUUUACACGAGUGCUUAUCCCUGCCCUGAUGCUGUCACCGGUCAUCUUUUUGACGGCUGCGGUGUUCAGUGCAGCUUUUUUAGCGAUCUCGAUCUUCUUGGCAUGGUUUCUGCCUCCGCAGCAUGUGGAAGUACCCGCGGAGACGCUAGUAAGUGUUGGCAUAGCUGGGCCACUGUAUUGGCUCGCGUCGGUGGAUUCCAGUGCUGUUGUUGAAGUUGGCCCGGCUGUCGUGAAGAUGAUCCUGCUUCGGUCAGUGAUGUUGAGCGCUGGCAUUGUCGGCGCAUGGUGGAGAGUUGGUGCUUACGGUAAGGAUUUCGUGUAUGCCCUUGCCUUCGACAGCCAGCUCGACCAGGAGCAGCUCGUGUAUCUAUGGCUGGUGCUCGUCUGUUGCCAUGGCUUUUCUGGCUACCUCGCUGUGCAGGCAAUGUGCGAUCCAGAUUUGCCAGAGGAGUCAGACUCAGACGAGGAUGAUGAAGAACGCCAGAAGAUGCCUUUGCUGACGUCUUCAGGCAGCCCCGUCCCCAGGCCACCUGGAGUGGUGUACGGCUCUGCCUCAGCGUCAAAGUGA